AUGGACGUCACCGAGAUCUUGGAAGCCCACAAGGCUCAAUUUAAGCCGAUCACUGUCGAGAAGGCCAUUCCACUUGAAUUCGAUGUCAAUUUGCUGACUGCCUUUGAUACCAAUGCCUUUGACGAGAAGAAGCUCAAAGCUGAUCCAGAAGAGUAUGUGAAGGAGCUGACACGAGACAACACACAACUGCUUGUGAAUGAAAUUUUCAAGUUGCCAGUGGAAGGAGCUGAUGCUGGUGUCCUUGCAAAGUUGCCAACACGCACCUAUCAGUUACCACGUGAGAAGCCAUUGCCCAAGGACAAGCCUCUUACUCGCUGGGAAAAGUUUGCCAAGGCCAAGGGUAUCCAGAACCGCAAGAGAGAAAGAUUCGUUUGGGACGAGGAGAAAGAACAAUACGUUCCUCGCUGGGGCUAUGGUGGUGGCCAAAAGGACAAGAUGGACGAUUGGCUUAUCGAAGUACCUCAACAUGCCGAUCCUAUGGAGGACAUGUAUGCAAAGAAGCGAGAGGAGAAGAAGGAACGUGUGGAAAAGAACAAGAAGCGUCAACGUCGCAACGAAGACGAGAACCUCGCUGCAAAGAUGGCUGGCAAGUCUCAAAUCAAGGAUUUCAAAAAGGAAGAACUCAAGGCUGCCAUUGCUGCUUCAAAGUCGGCUACUGCUUCCAUGGGCAAGUUCGAUGCCGAAGUACAACCAUCCAAGAAGAAGAAAAAGUCAAAGAAAUAA